AAAAUAGAAAAAGUAAAAUGAAAACGUAAUGCAGUUCGGCCACUUCCGGCAAGCACAUGCGGGAGAACGCGGCGUAGCCAUAUUGGAAAGUUCGACAUUUUCAGACGAAAGCAGCAAGACUUAAAUAUCACAUUGCCGGCAUGGGUUCUCACGAGGAUGACGGCUUUGUUGUAAGGCUUCGCGGUUUGCCAUGGGCAGCUACACCUGAGGAAGUAGUCCGAUUUUUUGCAGGAGAAGAAAACUCGGACAUUAAAGUUGAUCCUGAGAGCUGUGGAAUACGCAAUGUCCACUUUACAUUUUCUCGUGAGGGACGUCCUAGUGGAGAAGCAUUUGUAGAGUUUAUGAAUGAUGAGGAUGUAGAGCAGGCAGUCAAGAAGAAUAAUGAACAUAUGGGACAGAGAUAUAUCGAAGUAUUCCGGUCCAAAAAGAGUGAGAUGGACUGGGUGAUCAAACGUGCAGGGCCCAACCAGCAGGCGCCAACCGAGGCCGUAGUCAGGCUUCGGGGCCUCCCAUUUGGCUGCUCCAAAGAAGAAAUUGCUCAAUUUUUCACAGGGUUGGAGAUUGUACCCAAUGGGAUUAUGCUACCUGAGGAUCGACAGGGGCGCAGCACGGGGGAGGCGUAUGUCCAGUUUGCAUCCCAAGACAUAGCAGAAAAAGCCCUGGGUAAACACAAGGAAAGGAUAGGGCACAGGUACAUAGAGAUCUUCAAAAGCAGUAUGGGCGAGGCCUACAAUGCCAUGGGCCAGCAACGGAUGAGGCCUAUGAUGGGUGGGUCCAUGGGACGCCCAGGGCCCUAUGAUCGAAAUGACCGCUUCGGUGGGAUGGGCAUGGGCAACAUGGGAGGAGGAGGAGGUGGUGGUGGAGGAGGAGGAGGCGGCGGCGGCGGUGGCGGCGGCAUGGGAAUGGGAGGAUACGGCCGUGGGCGUGGUGGCAGAAAUGUGAAAGGUUACUUUGAAGAUGACUUUGAUGAUUACAGUGGAGGGUAUGGAGGUGGUAUGGGAUUUGGGGGUGGCAACCGUCGAGGUGGUGGAGGAGGUGGCGGCGGCGGAGCUGGUGUUGGCGGUGGAAUGAGAGGCAACAAUCAGCGUGGCCGGAUGAACAUGGACCGGCCCCGCGGAGCCACUCCUGGCAGUCAUUACAUUAGCGACACAGGACAUUCUGUACACAUGCGAGGCCUUCCAUUCCAGGCCAUUGAACAGGAUGUGUAUGAUUUCUUCAGCCCAAUACGCCCUGUGAAAGUUGAAUUUGAAUAUGCCCCAAAUGGUCGACCAACUGGCGAGGCAAAUGUUGACUUUGGCUCUCAUCAAGAAGCUGUUGAGGCUAUGAAGAAACACAAGUCAAAUAUGCAGCACCGCUACAUUGAACUGUUCCUCAACUCAGCUCCAGCUGAACGCGGCGGAGGUGGAGGUGGAUUUGGCUCAGGGCAGAUGGGUGGAAGUGGUUUUGGUGGGGGUGGCAGCAUGGGCAGUGGCUUUGGCAACUCCGGAGGAUAUGGUGGGGGUGGUGGUAACUACGGAAGCAAUGGUAACAACUUCGGAGGAGGAGGAGGCGGCGGCGGCGGCGGCGGAGGUGGUUAUCAAGGCAACAUGAAUAAUUACAUGGGAGGUGGCGGCGGGGGAGGAGGCAGCGGUGGUGGCUAUGGCAACAACAUGGGCGGCAUGAACAAUAAUGUAAUGGGAGGAAAUCCAAACUACACAGCAUUCUGAAGUGAACAGCUGCUUAUUGUGAAAAGUUUUAAUUGUGACAUGGACACAACCUUAGCAUAAACACCGCAAGCAGAUUUACAACACUUGACUCGGUCAAGUAAUAGAUGCAUUGCCUCUGAUCAUGGAUCCAGCUUCCCCCUGGCAUCAGUCAAUGCUUAUUCCAUGUCUGUGGGAAGAAUGAUGGGAACAUUGUCUUCACUAAGUGUUUGUCAUGACAUCACCUUUUCUACAUUAUACUUUUAUGGGACACUUCCAUGGCUUCAUAUGGUAUUUCAGCCCUGUAACCGACUGGCUUGACAUCGUUUAUGAAUUUCAUACAUGGUUUACUUUUAUGUGUACAUAUUAUAAGGAAGCUUUCUUAAAUUGUACGGAAUAUGAAAACAUUUUAGGCCAGUCAACUUGAGAGUAUGAUCAUGUGUUGGGGAAACUACUAUGUUGCAGGAAUUCUAAGUGUUUUAUCUACUUAAAGUAUUGCUUGCACACAUUAACUUGUGUAUUUUGUAUUAUGGACUCUCGACCAUGAAGAACUAACGCAUCAGUGUAUAUUGACCAUGUCGCAUCACUUGCUGUACAUCAGAUAAACUGUAUCUCAGUAAAAACCUCUUUAUGUAA